UUCAGGCUCCUUUUUGCCGCGCAGUAACUCGGUUAACCCUUGGCGCGUUAUAAUUGUUCCCGCUACGCCGGAGCUGCGGGUGCCUCGAGCCACGGUGGUCGGCGGUGGUGGGGGAAAGAGAUGCCGAAGCGUUCCUGCCCGUUCGCGGACUCGUCCCCGGUGCAGCUGAAGACGCGCGUGCGGCUGAAGGAGCUGAGCCAGGGCGUCAUGGGCGAGAGGUACCGGCGCGAGAUCUUCGAGAAAACCAAACAGCUGCUCUUCAAAGGUGCUCAGACAUACAUGAACAAUGCCUGCAAUGCAAGUGCAGUGGGAACAUAUCUAAUUGCACAAUAUCCAGAAUCAUGUAUAGACAAAUCAGAAAUUUGUUCCUUGCACAGAUGUAAUGGACAAAUGUUAAUUGGGCAGGAUGGAAAACUUCGACAACCCUGUGCAAGUGAAAUGGUUUUGCCGGUAGGAGUGUCAAAAGCCUGUUCCUCCUGUAUAAGAACAGUUGACAUCAAAGAUGUUUGCACGCAGUGUGAUCAGUACAUAUGCCAGAACUGCAGCAAACUCUGCAGCUGUUGCAGCACCAUUGUCUGUUCAUUAUGCUCAGUUAUAGAAUUUGACGAUGUUGGAGAUCAAAUCUUUUGCAGUGGCUGCUCAAUGUACAAAGAAUAAACAGCUGUUUUUAGGAAAUGGUUGUCAUUAGUAUUGUAAAGAAAGUAUUGCUUUUAAAUAAUUAGGUUUUUGAGAUACUGGAGUGCCUUUUUCUAAAUAUUGUAUAUUCUGUAAUUGUAGUUUAAUAUAAUAAAUAUUUUCUAU